CCUCCCCGAAUCGAACGCUAGGGUUCCUUCCACCACCCCCCUGUUUCCUCCCCCACCCACCCCCAUGGCCGCCGCCGCCGCCUCCGCGGAGGCCGCCGCCAUCACGCGGCGCUUGGCCUCCUGCAACACCGGCGCCCGCGAGCGCGCCGUCCGCUACCUCCUCGCCGACUUCCUCCCCGCCUCCGCGCCGCACCUCUCCGACAUCGACCUCCUCAAGCUCUGGAAGGGCCUCUUCUUCUGCUUCUGGCACGCCGACAAGCCGCUCUACCAGGCCGACCUCGCCUCCCGCCUCGCCGCCGCCGUCUCCGCCGCCGCCACGCCCGCCGCCGCCGCCGACUUCCUCGCCGCCUACCUCGCCACCAUCCGCCGCGAGUGGUCCUCCAUCGACGUCCACCGCCUCGACAAGUUCUACCUCCUCAACCGCCGGUUCCUCCACCACGCCUUCCUAUUCCUCGGCGCCCGCUCCUUCGCGCCCGCCGUCACCGCCCAGAUCGUCUCCGUCAUCUCGGAGAAGGCCGUCCUCCCGGAAGCCGACAACGCCACCGGCCGUGGACUCGGUUACCAUGUCGCCGAUGUGUUUCUCGACGAGAUCUUGCCCAUGCUCCCGGUUAGCUUGCAGUCGAUGGAGCUGCUGUUGGCCCCCUUCUUCACUGUGCUGGAGAAGUCCACCGACAGGGUGCUGGUGAGUAAGGUCAGGUCCAGCUUGUUUGAGAGGUUUCUGGUGAGCGGCAGUCAGCUGCUCGAGAUGACGAGGAAAGGUGAAGAGGUGGAGAAGGGGAGUGUGGAAGAGAAGCUUGGGCAGGUUGGCCUGUUGUUUGGAUUCAGCAAGAGAUUCCUGGAUAUUGGGGCGAAUGCUGAGACCGUGCAGGGGAAUCGGAAGGUGGUGUUUGGGCUGAGGGAUGCGUUCCUUAAGCUCGAAAAGGGAUUGGAGCUGUCUGGGGUUAAGAUUUCUGAGCCAGAGUUUCAGGGCACUCAGCCACCAAUGGUGGCAGUGGUAGAAAAUGGCAUGGAUUUGGAUGAGGCAAAGGUGGAAAAGAAGAAGAAGAAGAAGAAGGCAAAGAAGGCUGCAUUAGCUGAAGGUGGGGAGGAGGAGGAUGAGGUCAAGGCUCCGAAGCAAGAGAAGAAGGUGAAGAAAGACAAGAAAAAGGAGAAAAAGGAAAAGAAGAAGAAGAAGAAUAAGGUGGAGGAUAGUGAUGGAGGGGAUAGCAGUGAGCAGAGUAUAGAUGCCACAUCAGAGGACCAGCAGAUGGGCGAUGACACUGAUGCCAUUACAUUUGAUGACGCUUCGAUGUCCAAUCUUCAAAAGCAGUUUGAGAAGGUUGCUGCAGAAGCAGGGAUGCCGGUGACACCAGUUACUGCAAUAGUGGCAAAGAAGAGGAAGCGCUCAAAAUCUGCAGAUAGGUCAUCAGAAUCUUCUGGUGGAGAUGUUGGUAGCAAAGGCAAUGUUCCUGCUCAGGAUGGAGAUAAGAGUGGUAAGAAAGUGAGGUUCUCAAUGAAGAGUAAUCUAGUUUGGAACCCUCCGACUCCUUUACCACCACAGUGCUUGAGGCUCCCACCAUCUGCUACCCCAAGAGGGAGUGCACUAAAAAGUGGAGUUCGGCCUGGGCCUAUAAAGGAAAGCUCUACGCAGGUGAAGAAGGCCAAGGCAAAAGCAAAGUCUGCAAAGAAGGUGUUGAAGAAGAGCCCUUCCUCGGCUGUGAAGCGCUUGCGGAAGUUGCAAACCUUCUCUGCGUGAAACUCUUGAAUGUAUGAUGGCAUGUUGGCCGUUCCAUUCUGCCUUUUAAAUUGUGCUCUCCAUAACUUGAUUCUUCUCCAUUAGGUAGUCUUAUACACUCUUGGCUUGCUACCUUUGCAUUAUUUAUGGAUUGCUUAAUUAUGUGUCU